AUGGAAAAUCUCCUUGCAAAAGGUAUACACAAAAUCGAUCAAAUAAAACUUUUAUUUCAUCACAUGCGUAUGGAAGAAAAUAUAAUACAAGAUUCAAAAGAAACACAGAUACGAACGAAAUACAUUGGUGAUUCUCGUCAUAUAAUCGAAAUAUUUCUAUGGAUGACUUAUGCAAAUAUUAUAUUGUACAGUAUGUUGGGAUUGUGUCCUGCAAUAUUCAUAAUGCCUUUGAACGAACCUCAUAUACGUAUGCUUCAUUAUGUUACAUUAUUUUCUGUCAAUGGAACUAUAUAUUUUUAUAUUUUAUGCUUAGAUUUUUUAUUUGUUAUCAUAUUUGGAUUACUAUCUAUAAUAUGUACGGAAACGAUAAUUGGACUUUAUAUUUAUCAUACAUGCGUGCUAUUUAAAAUUAUUAGCCAUCGAAUAAAAAAGAUUAUUGCGUAUUUAACUAUGUUUAAUCUCUCAUCGAAGCAAAUUGACUCGAAACUCGCAGAGCUUUAUCGUGUAGUGGAUAUGCAUAACCAAGCUAUCCAGCUUCUCGAUAUUAUGAUAAAAAAUUCAGGAAAACAAUUUAUGAUAUCUGCUCUUCUAAGUAUGAUUUCAAUGGCAAUAAAUCUGCAUCGACUAGUAAAUGCGAUUACAAUCAAGAAGGAUCAAUUAGAAAUUUUAAUUUCUCUUAUAAUUUUUGCCAAUCAUUUGGUGAUUAUGUUUUUAUGCAAUCAUACUGCUCAGAUUCUUAUGAACAACAGUGAAGAAUUUUUUCAUGAAUUAUAUAUAUCUGUAUGGUAUUCUGUACCAUUAAAAGUUCAAAAGAUUUUAUUACUUAUUAUGAUACGAAGCUCAACGGCAUGUAUAUUUCACAUCUGUGGUGUGUUCGUUCCAUGCCAUGCAGGAUUUACAACGAUGUUGAGUACCUCGUUUUCAUAUUUUACAUUGAUAUACUCGAUACAAUAGAAUCGAUAGUAUCAUGUUAAAUAUAUUAGUAUCGAAAUAAAUUAUUAUUAUUACUCUAUACUUUACUCUUGUUCUU